UGUCUGUCCUUCUCCUCGGUGUGUACUUGCAUCUGGCAUCUAGCAGCGGCAGCUUUGAACCUCCGACCCGGGAAGCUACUGUGUGACUGAAAGUCAAACCAAACUUUACUUUUCAAGCGGACGCGGUUCUCAAGAAAUAACCAAGCAUGACUAGCUACCACAAACCCGACGAAAAAACUCUGCAGGGGCUGAAAGACGUCGCUAACAAGCUCAGGAUCAACUCUAUCAAGGCGACAUGCGCCUCUAACUCUGGCCACCCCACAUCAUGCUGCAGUGCAGCAGAGCUCAUGUCUGUGCUCUUCUUCAACACCAUGCGCUAUAAAGCCGAUGACCCUCGUAACCAGUGCAACGACCGCUUUGUGCUCUCAAAGGGUCAUGCUGCACCUAUCCUGUAUGCUGCCUGGGCAGAGGCGGGUUACGUGAAGGAGUCUGAUCUGCUCAAUCUGCGCAAGAUCGACAGUGACUUGGAGGGGCACCCCACACCAAAACUGGCUUUUGUUGAUGUGGCUACAGGAUCUCUGGGACAGGGUCUUGGUGCUGCCUGUGGGAUGGCUUACACCGGCAAACACUUUGACAAAUCAAAUUACCGCGUAUACUGCAUGAUGGGAGAUGGAGAGUGUUCAGAAGGCUCGGUGUGGGAGGCCAUGGCCUUUGCCUCCUACUACAAGCUGGACAACCUGGUGGCUAUCAUGGAUGUCAAUCGGCUCGGUCAGAGUGAGGCUGCUCCCCUGAAGCACGACAUGGAGGUCUACCGCAAGCGCUGUGAAGCCUUUGGGUGGAACACGUAUGUUGUGGAUGGACACGAUGUGGAGGAGCUGUGCAAAGCUUUCUGGCAGGCGCAGCAAGUCAAAGGCAAACCCACUUGCAUUGUUGCCAAGACAUUCAAGGGCAAAGGACUCAAAGAUAUUGAGGAUCUUGAUAACUGGCAUGGAAAGCCCAUCCCUAAGGACAUGGUGGAUAAGAUCCUGAAAGACCUGCAGGCUCAGAUCCAGGUCCCCAACAAGACCCUGUGCCCCGAGCUGCCCAAAGACGACACGGCACCUGCAGACCUUAGCACCAUCUCCUUGCUUGCACCCCCAGCAUACAAAAAGGGAGACAAGAUGUCAACAAGGCGUGCAUACGGCGUGGUUCUGGCCAAGCUGGGCGAGGCUAGCAAGAGAGUGGUGGCCCUCGAUGGAGACACCAAAAACUCCACCUUCUCAGAAACCUUCAGGAAGGCCUUCCCUGACCGCUACAUUGAGUGCUUCAUCGCUGAACAGAACAUGAUCGGAGUGGCCAUUGGCUGUGCCACCCGUGACCGCACUGUUGCAUUUGCCAGCACAUUUGCUGCCUUUUUCUCAAGAGGCUAUGACCAGCUCCGUAUGGGAGCCAUCUCCCAGACCAACGUCAACGUGGUAGGCUCCCACUGCGGAGUCUCCAUUGGUGAGGAUGGUCCUUCCCAGAUGGCUCUGGAGGACUUGGCCAUGUUCCGUGCUAUCCCAACAUGUACUGUGUUUUACCCCAGUGAUGCAGUUUCCACAGAGAGAGCUGUUGAGCUGUCGGCCAACACAAAGGGUAUCUGUUUCAUCCGUACCAGUAGACCAGACACUGCAGUCAUUUACGCUCCAGAGGAGAAGUUUGAAGUGGGCGUAGCCAAGGUGGUGCGUGAGUCUGACAGUGAUUGUGUUACUGUGAUUGGAGCUGGUAUUACUCUGCAUGAGGCCCUCGCUGCUGCGGAUAUGCUGGCCAGUGAAGGGAAGAACAUCCGUGUGAUUGACCCGUUCACCAUCAAGCCCCUGGAUGCCUCUACCAUUGUGGCCAGUGCCAGAGCCACAAGGGGACAGAUCAUCACUGUGGAGGACCACUACAAGGAGGGUGGUCUUGGGGAAGCAGUGCUGUCGGCAGUGGGCCAGGAGCCUGGCAUUGUUGUGACCCGGCUGGCAGUGAGCGGUGUUCCCCGCAGUGGAAAGUCCCAAGAGCUGCUCGACAUCUUCGGCAUCAGCGCCAAGCACAUUGCUAACGCCGUGCGUACAGACCUUUGCAAACUAAGGACCUCAUCUCCCGCUCGCCGCGCUAAACCAUCACAACCAACCUUCGGCCCAACUUGCAGCUACUGGGCAUGAUCACCUGUUAACUUGUGUGCCCAAGUGCUAUCUUUGUAGUUUUGGCUUGAGUGCAGUGUGCAAACCCUGUAUUACUCUCACUGGAUGGCGAGGGGUGGGAGUAGGACUGCAGUGUUGAAGCCUGUAGUGUUAAUAUUACUCCCACGUAAGCACCAUCUAGUACCCUUUUUCUCCCGAUGGGUUCUUCUGCAACAUUCCUUUUUUGUUGUAUCCUUAUCAUGUUUUCAAAAUAGUGUCUUUCAUGUCGCUCAGACAAGGCAUCACUGAAUACUGUAAAUGCAUUAUAUGGGUCAGCUGUCACAGUUCUGACCCAUUGUGAACUGUCAGGCUUGUGUUCUGCAGUCCCACCAUCGUAUCUUUUUUCCAUUCCUUACAACCAUGCCUCAUGUCUUCUCACUUGUCUGGCAUUCAUGCCUCCGUUUUGUUUCUAAGAAGCACUUACUGUUUGUCUUAACUCUAAUGUACUAGAUCUGUUUUGUAGUAGAGUUCAGUCGCAGCUUUUGAGGCUUAGCUGUGGUAGAAAACAGUUUCUUCAGAUCCAGUGUGAAAAGUUAAACCAGCUUUAGUUUUGGACCGUUUGCGCAUUCCUCUAAAGAUUCCUGGCUACAUGGGCACCACACAAUGUUACUGCCGUUCCAGGUCACUGGUGUCAUUCUGUUAAACCUGUGUUGUGCUGAAUAAUAAAAAGAAUUAACCCAAUGACA